AAAGGUAAAAAGCCGUUUCUUCUGGCAUCUGAAAAAGGCCAUGUUGACAUGAUAAACAAUUUGAUUUCUCUGAAGCUGUUUACAUCUGAAAAAGAUAAGGAGGGAAACACAGCAUUGCAUCUAGCAGCCAGAAAUGGUCACAGCGAAGUUGUGGAAAUCCUGCUCCAACAGUGGGAGGAAAUAAAUGACUUCAAUCAGAAUGGAGAAACUCCGUUUUACUUGUCUGUGGAAGGAGGACAUGAAAAAUGUGCCGAGCUCUUACUGGAAGCAGGAAGCGACAUCAACGUUUUAACUCAUAACAACAGCAGUGCUUUGCAGGUUGCGGUUCGGAACGGACAUCUGUCCUUGGUUACUUUUCUUAUUGAUAAGAAUAUUGACCUGGUUCCCAGGCCCGAGCAGAAGAAUUCACCUCUCCAUUUAGCAGUCAUCAAUAAUCACCUACCAGUAGUAAAAAGUCUCUUGGAUGCCAACCAUGACAUAAACCCCUUAAAUCACAGGCAGGAAACCCCUCUACAUCUGGCAGCUGAUCUUGGCAACGUGGAGCUGGUGGAAGUGCUGCUGAAGGCAGGCUGCGAUCUCAAGGCCGUGGAUAAGCAUGGAAAAACUGCCCUUGCUGUGGCGUCCAGGAGCAACCACGCCCUCAUUGUAGACAUGAUCAUUAAAGCAGAAAGAUACUAUGCUGUGGAACAGGAACAUCUGGCUCACAGCGAUGAUGGGUCAGACUUCGGCUUGUCCUUCAAACAGGAUCAUAGUACACACACGAAGCAACUCCGUUCCUCCUUUUGGAAUAUAGCGUACAACCAGUUAAAGCCCCAGGAAUGGAAAAAACUGGCCCUGUUCUGGAAGUUCACGGAUGAACAAAUUAAAGCUAUUGAAGAACAAUGGACAGGGAAAAAGAGUUAUAAGGAGCAUGGAAACAGGAUGUUGCUCAUCUGGUUACACGGAAUGUUGCUGGCUCAUCAGAAUCCCGUCAAGCGCAUUUACGAAGAUCUGGUGGCAGCAGGAUUUCUGCCUCUGGCUGAGAAGAUCAGAGCCGCAGGUAGCGCUGAUGUGGGCUCCAGAAAAUGUGCAGUUUCAUGA